UGUUGUCGCAGCUGAAUCUCAGUCUUUUUCUUGUUUCUGGGCCUUAUUUCAGUUACUCAACAUUACCUCGUCUCCCUCUUCGUUUCGCUUGAUUUUCGCGUGCGGUGUCACCAUGAAGCAGCAACCUCAACACUUGUUCAACUCGGAUGUGCUCGUCGACCUCGAGAAGGAGCAGCCGGCCGAUGAAAAAGUGGCCUUCACAACGGGCGUAAGCCCUUCCAAUCCCGGCGCCAACCUGCUCCUCCGUCCGCUCGCGCGUGACGACUAUGAAAAGGGCUUUCUUCAGCUCUUGGCUCAGCUUACCACUGUCGGCGAAUAUCCCAAGGAGCAAUUUGAAGAGCGAUUUGAAGAAAUGCGCGCAUUGAAAGACACCUACUACGUAUGCGUGCUCGAGGACACGACGACCGGCAAAAUCAUUGCGACUGGCACUCUGGUCGUUGAGCGCAAGUUCAUCCGCGGAGCUGCAAAGCGAGGUCACAUUGAAGACAUUGUCGUCGACAGCAACACUCGUGGCAAGCAGCUGGGCAAACUCAUCAUUCAAACGCUUCGUCUGCUUGCCAAGCGAACGGGCUGCUACAAGGUCACCCUGGACUGCAGCACGACGAACGUGCCAUUCUACGAAAAGUGCGACUUUAGCAAGGAGGACAUUCACCUGAUGACAAAGCGGUUCUGAAUGCGUGUUUUGUGCUUUUGUGCUUUUUGUUGUACUCUACCCUGUGUUGAAUUUCUGCUGCAUGCAACUGCGAUUGAUCGUAUAAGCUAUAUUAGAACAACAAGAAAAAGCGCACAA